UCGGUUAGGGUUUAGGGUUUAGAGCUCCUGGCAGCGGCCAAGCCCAGCGCGGAUUGGCAGCGGCUUGGCGAUUCUUGAGCUCCCAGCGCGCGCGCAUGGCCGAUCAAGCAGGUAGCAAGAAUGCACCCGCCGGUAACGCGGCUUUCUGCGAAUCGCCUCAAGUCUACGAUAGAGACGCGUCGGCGAUCGCCUCGCUGGUCGACAACACGAAGCUGGAUGUGAAAUCUCCCACGGAUGUCUUCCUCUCGAUCACCAAGUCGCUGAUUGCCGGUGGCGUCGCGGGCGGAGUGUCCCGGACGGCCGUUGCCCCCUUGGAGCGCCUAAAGAUUCUUCUUCAGGUCCAGAAUUCCCAGAAUGCCCGCUACAAGGGGAUGUUUCAGGGGCUGAGGACGAUCUGGAACACGGAGGGAGUGAAGGGAUUCUUUAUCGGGAAUGGCGUCAAUUGUGCCCGAAUCGUCCCCAACUCGGCCGUGAAGUUUCUAAGCUACGAGCAUGCGGCCAAUGCCAUCCUCUGGGCGUAUCGAAGGGAAACUGGCGAUAGCGAAGCGGAGCUCAAUCCAGUUCUACGCCUGGGCGCCGGAGCUUGCGCUGGGAUCAUUGCAAUGUCUGCGACUUACCCGAUGGACAUGAUUCGAGGUCGACUAACCGUGCAGACCAAAGGUUCCGAGAGUAGCUACAACGGGAUGCUCCACGCGGCAAGGACGAUCGUCAGGAUGGAAGGAUGGCAAGCGCUAUACAAAGGAUGGCUCCCGUCUGUGAUCGGAGUGGUGCCUUACGUGGGACUUAACUUCGCCGUCUACGAAUCGCUGAAGGACUACAUCGUCAAGGAAGAGCCAUUCGGACCCGUUCCAGGCUCAGAGCUUGCUGUUCUCACGAAGCUUGGGUGUGGUGCCGUCGCGGGAGCAACUGGCCAAACCGUGGCAUAUCCUCUGGAUGUCAUCCGACGGAGAAUGCAGAUGGGAGGGUGGUACACGACAACGAUCAACGGACAGAAGGUGCAAGUUCACUACAAUGGCAUGCUGGACGCAUUUUCUCAGACUGUCAAGAAGGAAGGCUUCACUGCGCUCUACAAAGGCCUGGUUCCCAACUCGGUCAAGGUGGUUCCAUCCAUCGCCUUGGCGUUUGUGACUUACGAGAUCAUGAAGGACCUGAUGACGCUGGAGUACCGUAUCACCGACUGAAAGUGCAGCGGCCCUCGUUUUUCCUUUUUUUUGACGAGCGCAGAAAUCUGGUUAGCUGCUCCCAACGCGGCACCGGGCUGGUUCCUAUCACCCUCUUCCUUUCUUUCGUACAUUGUGAUCCUUCGGUCGACGAAAUUUUCCCAUGGCAAAGGUACUUUUUAGUAUGCUGAUGAAAACGUAGGUGUGAAGCAGUGGGUUCUCGGUGACAAGAUACGUCAUGGAAAAAGGACAAAGAACGAGAGGAUUAGAAUGACAGACCGAGAUUGGUAAUUUUACAAUUCCCCAUUGCAAUAAAGGAACGAAUGAAGUGAAAA